GAUCGCCGACGAACCUAGCCGUAUGCGCCUUUUCCAAGACUACAUCGAGUGCGGCGGGAAUGUGAACCAAAUCAUUGCAAAGCAUGAACAAUCACUUCGUGAGGCUCAGGUCAGUCAGAUCAGGUUUGGCUUCAGGACGAUUGCCGAUCCGGAAUGUCCAGACGAUUCUCUCUACUUUGUUUUCGUCGAAAUUAACGUCGAUGACAUUCGCGAGAUUCAGAGGAUUACGAAGCUGGAACUAGCAGGGCAGAUAGACGCAGAGAUGUUGAAGGCUUUCACGGAGGCCGGAGGAGUCUUGGACCCGCGCAAGCAGCUCGCUCUGGGCAAUGGGGUCAGUGCGGAUACUAUGGGCAAGGCUUUGCAGAUGAUGGGGAGUGGAGCCCCGGCGUCGGGUGCAGCGAAGGCGAAGGCCAAGGCCUCAAAGGGCAAGGCUGACCCAAGCAAAGCGACCAAGGUGGGACGACAAGAACUGCUGCAGGUGGGUGACCGAUGCAUAAAUACAUUUGUAGACUGCUUGUGUUCGAUAAGGGACUAUGCAUUCAAGCUGAAGCCCCUCAAGCUGUCGGCCACUUUGAUCGAUCAGCUUCUGGCCUUGGAGAAAUCGUUCUCCCAGAAGGCCACAAUUUCGCAGUCGUUUGUAGUUGAUUCAGUGUCGAUUGGGGUUGUUGUUUGUGUUGCAGGCUGGGGAUCUGCAGAACCUUGUGUCGACGAAGAAGAACAAGAACAAAUACUACAAAAACAUCACGUUCGAGGCCAGAAGCUCUUGAAAGACAAAUGA